UAUAUGUCAUUCUUACUCACCGGUUUGUCACCCGUCAAGAUUUCCCGAAUAUAUGGGCGAGGUGAGGUGGAGGACGCUGAAGAAGUCAAAAAGAUAAACCUCCGUUACCUACUUUUAGGUGUGGUUUUGUUUAAUUUUUUUUCAGAAUUUAAUUUCCUUAAAAACUUUGGAAUUCUCGAGGCAAAAUGGCUGGUAGAUUACCAGCUUGUGUUAUUGAUGUGGGCACAGGUUACACAAAAUUGGGAUUUGCUAACAACAAAGAACCUCAAUUUAUCAUACCAUCAGCUAUAGCCAUAAAAGAAAGUGCUAAAGUAGGUGAUCAAUCUAGUCGGAGGCUAUGUAAAGGAGUAGAAGAUUUAGAUUUUUACAUUGGAGAUGAAGCAUUUGAUGCCACUGGCUAUUCGAUAAAGUACCCAGUAAGACAUGGACUUGUCGAAGAUUGGGAUCUGAUGGAAAGAUUUUUAGAACAAUGCAUUUUUAAAUAUCUGAGGGCGGAACCUGAAGAUCACUAUUUUCUAUUGACAGAACCUCCACUAAACACUCCUGAAAAUAGGGAAUACACAGCUGAAAUAAUGUUCGAAUCAUUCAAUGUUCCUGGAUUGUACAUUGCCGUUCAGGCAGUUCUGGCGCUGGCUGCCAGUUGGAUAAGCAGGAGUAUUGCGGAUCGAACAUUGACAGGUAUUGUGAUUGACAGUGGAGAUGGUGUUACACACGUUAUACCUGUGGCUGAAGGUUAUGUCAUAGGAAGCUGCAUCAAGCACAUUCCCAUAGCAGGGCGCAACAUCACCUAUUUUAUCCAGUCGUUACUUCGUGAAAGAGAAAUUGGAAUCCCCCCAGAACAGUCAUUGGAAACUGCCAAAGCAAUAAAGGAAAGAUACAGUUAUAUUUGUCCAGACAUAGCCAAGGAAUUUGCAAAAUAUGACAGUGACCCUGGUAAAUGGAUGAAAACCUACGACGGUAUAAAUUCUGUAACGAAACAACCCUUCCAUGUAGAUGUAGGAUAUGAAAGAUUUUUGGGUCCCGAAAUAUUUUUCCAUCCAGAAUUCUCGAAUCCAGAUUUUACAAUUCCAAUAUCUCAAAUUGUUGAUGACGUAAUACAGAACUGUCCGAUUGAUGUGAGAAGACCGCUUUAUAGCAAUAUUGUUUUAUCGGGGGGCUCCACAAUGUUCAAGGAUUUCGGCCGAAGGUUACAGAGGGAUAUAAAACGCACUGUUGAUGCCAGACUUAAGUUGAGUGAAGCCUUAGCUGGAGGAGGUUUAACACCAAAGCCGAUCGAUGUUCAAGUUAUAUCUCAUCACAUGCAAAGAUACGCUGUUUGGUUUGGUGGUAGCAUGUUGGCAUCCAUGCCUGAAUUUUACACUGUUUGCCAUACGAAAGCGGCUUAUGAAGAAUAUGGCCCCAGUAUUUGCAGACAUAGUCCAGUGUUCAGCACUAUGACAUAAUUGAUAUAAUUUCCUUUGUAUUAUUUUAAUAUAAUUUUUUUAUUGAAAUUUAUAGAUGCAAUUUAAACUCUAUUAAGAAAUAUAAUUUUAAUUGAAGUUAAA